AACUUUAUGUAAAUGGUAACUAGUACCAACAGUUUUGGCUGCGGUGUCCACAUGAUUCCCGCGAGGGGACCGGAUGACGGAGGCGAGACUACUCGCUCACCCGGAAGUGUUUCGCGUGUACCCACAUGUGGACUGGAGGAUUUUAACACUGACGGCAAACGUGCACUCUUGUGUUGUGAUGCACCUUAGAAAGGCAUGCUAGUCAUUAGAAUAUGAUUCCCUAUGCGUGAAAUAUCGCUGUAAAGAGCACUCUGUGUACUCUUUCAGGGUUCCGUUUCUGAAAGUGUGGCGAGCUUAUUAAAACAACGCAUGAAACAAUGGAACAUUUAGACCUGAAUUUGUCAUCCCUGACUAUCAUUUCAAGACACGUUGAGAAGAGUCGCAACGAACUUGGAAAGUAUUUGGCGAAGCAGAUAUGGAGCCAGCAGGACCGUCAGUCCAUCCUGACGAGCCUGGCCAAGCUCCUGCUGGAAAAGGACUACACGCUCCUGAUAGCACGGCACCUCCGACCGCUCGUCCUGGACCUGCUGGAGAGGAACGCCGAGAGGAUCAAAGUGGAAGGCCGGAUCAACCAUGAUCAGCACGAGCGCUUCUGCGUGGCCCUCAGCAAGCUGCUUGGCAUCUGCCCGGACGCACAGCUGUUCGCCGCCCGCUACUUCAGCGACGCCCCGCCGGUGUUCCAGCGCCUUUUCUUCACCAGCGCGGAGUCCUCGUCUGUACAGUAUGGCCCCCGGCGCAUGAAACUGCGCGACCUGAUGGGUGCCACCCUCCGCUUCCUGCGGAGCGAUUGCGCCAAGUACCGAGAGCUGUGGGACUGGAGCGCUUGCGUCUCACAGCUGCUCACCAGCGACGUCCUGGUCCGCUGGUAUACGGCACAUUGCCUGGCUUUGAUGUCCCACAUGACCGAUAAUCAGAAAACAAUUUUCCUGAGAAAGGUCCUGUCCAGUGAAGAAAUCCUCCAUCUUAAAAUAAAGUCUCUGGAAGAAGUUGGACAGCUGGAGGUAGAAAAGGCUCUGGUCCUGGCUAACCAGGCCUCUGUGGAGUGGUGUGAGGAUAAGCUGAACAGGUACACCAGGGGCCAGGUGGUGUCUGCUGACCUGUCCCGCAACGCUGUGGCCGUCUGUGGCGUGGUGCUGCCCAGGAAGACACUGAAGCACCAAGAACCGAGUUUCACAAAGCAGCUAGUGCUGGUGGAUUUGAGCCGGAAGACCCUGCGGCGGCUGGCUCUGGCUGUGGCUUCGCACAGGGCGGUUCUUCUGGAGGGCCCCAUCGGCUGCGGCAAGACAGCCCUCCUGGAACAUCUGGCUGCCGUCACCGGACACGUCAAGGCUCCGGAAAUACUGAAGGUUCAGCUGGGAGAUCAGACGGACAGCAAGAUGUUGUUGGGAAUGUAUCGCUGUACCGACAUUGCUGGGAAGUUCGUGUGGCAGCCUGGCACCUUGACUCAGGCGGUGUCCAAGGGACACUGGAUCCUACUGGAGGACAUCGACCACGCGCCCUUGGAUGUGAUCUCUGUACUGCUUCCCCUGAUGGAGAACCGUAAGCUCCUCAUCCCUGGCCGGGAUGACUGCAUCGAAGAGGCCCCUGGCUUUCAGUUCUUCGCCACGAGAAGGCUGUUCUGCAGUGGCGGGGGCUGGUAUCGACCCCAGAACACACAUGCUGCUCUUUUGGACAAGUACUGGACUAAGCUUCAGAUGGGCAACAUGUCAAGGCAGGAACUGAAGCAGGUUCUGCUGGAAAGGUACCCCAGCCUGGCCAUGGUCGUGGAGCGUCUGUUGGACAUCUACUGCCAGCUGACGGGAGAUAAACACCAGGACAGCAGCACAGUGGACACACUUCACCAGGAGGGGCUGGAGAGCGUGGAGGUGCUUCAGCUGAGGCAGGAGACCCGGGGUCUCUCUCUAAGGGAUUUGCUGAAGUGGUGCGACAGGAUCGCUCACCAUUUCGCCGGCACGUCCUCGGACGUGGCCCAGAACGUCUUCCACGAGGCUCUCGACUGCUUCACCGCCAUGCUGCCCAGCCCUGAGAGCAGGCAGCGCUUGGCCGAGGCUAUCGGCAGCAAGCUCAACAUCUCCAAAGAAAAGGUGCAGCACUACUGCCAAAUGUACCAGCCGGAAAUCAGAGUCACGGAGCUCGACGUUGUGGUGGGGCGAGCGACCGUACCGCGGAAGCAGUGUGAAGCCGUCCGCCUCUGCGUAGAGAAGCACACCUUCGCCGCCACGCGGCCGUCCUCCGUCCUCCUCGAGCAGCUGGCCGUGUGCGUGAGCCGGGGCGAGCCCAUCCUGCUGGUGGGGGAGACUGGCACCGGCAAGACCUCCACCGUGCAGCAUCUGGCAGGGCUGACAGGGCACCGGCUACGGGUCGUCAACAUGAACCAGCAGAGUGACACUGCCGAUCUCUUGGGGGGCUACAAGCCCGUGGACCACAAGCUGAUCCUGUUGCCGCUGCGUGAGGCCUUUGAGGACCUCUUCUCCCAGACCUACUCCCGCAAGCAGAACCUCACCUUCCUGGGCCACGUGCAGACCUGCUUCCGGAGCAAACGCUGGCAGGACCUGCUGAAGCUCAUGGACCACGUGUGCAAGUCGGCCCUCACCAAGGAGCUGCACAAGAAGCCCGACGCCGCCCUCCUCAGGGAGCAGUGGGAGGCUCUGGCCCUCAGGUUGAGCCAGACUCAGCAGCAGAUCAGGGCCUGUGAGACUGCACUCGUCUUCUCAUUCGUGGAGGGGACGUUAGCGCAGGCGGUGAAGAAGGGCGAGUGGAUCCUGCUGGACGAGAUCAACCUGGCGGCGGCUGAGACCCUGGAGUGCCUGAGUGGCUUGCUGGAGGGCAGCCGGGGGUCUCUGGUGCUGCUGGACCGUGGCGAUACAGAGCCCCUGGUUCGACACCCAGACUUCCGCCUCUUUGCCUGCAUGAAUCCGGCCACCGACGUGGGGAAGCGAAAUCUGCCCCAUGGCAUCAGAAACAGGUUUACUGAGCUCUAUGUGGAAGAGCUGGAAAAUGAGAGGGAUCUGAGGAUUCUGGUGUCGGACUACCUUAAGGGCCUGAACCUAAACAAGAGCGUGAUCAGCGGCAUCAUAAGCUUCUACCUGGCGGUGCGGCGGGACGCACAGUCGCACCUGGUGGACGGGACGGGGAACCGGCCGCAUUACAGCCUGCGGACGCUGUGCCGGGCGCUGAAGUACGUGGCGGGGAACCCGUGCCACAAUGCACAGCGUUCGCUCUACGAGGGUUUCUGUCUGAGUUUCCUGACCCAGCUGGACAGAAGCUCUCACCCUGUGGUCCAGAAGCUGGUGUGUCAGCACAUCCUGAGCAGAAACGUGAAGUGUCUCAAGCAGCCAAUCCCAGAGCCCCCAGGCAGGAGGUGUGUGGAGGUGGAGGGGUACUGGGUGUCCCAGGGGGAGAUGGAGCCGGUGGUGGACCAGUGCUACAUCCUCACCCAGUCGGUGAAGCUUAACCUACGCGACCUGGCCAGGGUGGUGUCUGCUGGGACGCAUCCCGUGCUGAUCCAGGGGGAGACCUCUGUGGGCAAAACCAGCCUGAUCCGGUGGCUGGCGGCCGCCACGGGGAACCAGUGCGUCAGGAUCAACAACCACGAGCACACGGACAUCCAGGAGUACAUCGGCUGCUACUCGUCCGACAGCCGGGGGAAGCUGGUCUUCAGAGAAGGCGUGCUCAUCGAUGCCAUGCGCAAAGGCUACUGGAUAAUCCUGGAUGAGCUCAACCUGGCCCCCACAGACGUACUGGAGGCGCUGAACAGGCUGCUGGACGACAACCGCGAGCUCUUCAUUGCUGAGACCCAGGAGGUGGUCAGGGCGCACCCCCGCUUCAUGUUGUUUGCCACCCAGAACCCCCCAGGCCUUUACGGGGGCAGAAAGGUUCUGUCCAGAGCUUUCCGGAACCGCUUCGUGGAGCUGCACUUCGACGAGCUGCCCAGCGCGGAGCUGGAGGUCAUCCUGCACCAGCGCUGCUGCCUGCCGCCCUCAUACUGCGCCAAGCUGGUCAAGGUCAUGCAGGAGCUGCAGUCGUUGCGCAGGGGGUCCACUGUGUUUGCCGGCAAGCAUGGGUUCAUAACCCUGAGGGAUCUGUUCCGCUGGGCCGAGCGGUACCGGCUAGAGGACGACGCAGGAUCUUCCCACGACUGGCUGCAGCAUCUGGCCGACGACGGGUUCAUGCUGCUGGCAGGGCGGGUCAGGAAGAUGGAGGAGGUGGGCAUCAUUCAGGGCAUCCUGGAGAAGCACUUCAAGAGGAAGAUCGACCCCAGUACCCUUUUCUCAGAGCAGAGCCUGAAAAAGCAGUUCAGCCCCUUUGUGGAGAGUCUGGAGGAGGUCCCCGAGGAGUUCCGUCACGUGGUGUGGACUCAGGGCAUGAGGAGGCUGGCCGUGCUGGUGGGACGGGCACUGCGCUUCGGCGAGUCCGUGCUGCUGGUGGGAGACACUGGCUGUGGAAAGACCACCAUCUGCCAGCUGUUCGCUGCCCUGGCGGGACAGAAGUUCUACUCCCUGAACUGCCACCUGCACAUGGAGACGUCGGACUUCCUGGGCGGGCUUCGGCCAGUGCGGCACGCGGGGAUGGAGGAGGAGGGCGCCGAAGAUACUCGCCUCUUUGAGUGGCACGACGGCCCCCUGGUCUUGGCCAUGAAGGAGGGCGGGUUGUUCCUGAUGGAUGAGAUCUCACUGGCAGACGACUCGGUGCUGGAGAGACUCAACAGCGUGCUGGAGACUGAGAAAUCACUGGUUCUGGCCGAGAAGGGCAGCGGGGACGAGGACGACGUGGAGCUCAUCACAGCGGGGCCGCGGUUCCGCCUGCUGGCCACCAUGAAUCCCGGCGGCGAUUUCGGGAAGAAGGAGCUAUCACCCGCGCUGAGAAACCGCUUCACUGAGAUCUGGUGCCCUCAGAGCAACACUCGAAGCGACCUGGUCAAGAUCAUCCAGCACAACCUGUGUCCUGGUCUCUCCUUGGACCUGCAGGACCACCGAGGGAGGGACGUCGCUCCCUUGAUGCUGGACUUCAUCGACUGGCUGACCAAUCAGGACUUCGGGAGGCGCUGCAUCCUGAGCGUGCGGGACAUCUUGUCCUGGGUGUACUUCAUGAACCGUGUCUGCGCGCAGGAGGGGGGCGAGGAGUGCCAGGCGGCCCUGGGCGCGGUGACGGCGUUCGUGCACGCGGCCUGCCUCGUGUACAUCGACGGGAUCGGCUCCGGCACCACCGCAGCCUCCGCAGAGAGCGCACUGCUCCAUCGCCGCGCCUGCCUGGCCUUCCUGCAGAGCAGGCUCCAGCGAGAUGCCGGAACCUUCCGCGUCUAUGAUGUCGUCUCGUCGCGGGAGCCUCAGUGGGGAGAGAACUGCUUUGGCAUCGACCCGUUCUACAUCACCACAGGUCCGGAGAUUGAGUCCCAGAACCUGCUGGACUACGCCCUGGGAGCAGGAACCACCGCCAUCAACGCCCAGCGAGUCCUCCGAGCCUUGAAGCUCCAGCGGCCUGUCCUUCUGGAAGGUUCUCCCGGUGUGGGAAAGACCAGCCUGGUGGCGGCCUUGGCCAGAGCGUCCGGACACCAUCUCGUCCGGAUCAACCUCUCCGAGCAAACCGACGUGACCGACCUGUUUGGGACCGACCUGCCGGUGGAGGGAGGUAAAGGCGGAGAGUUUGCAUGGAGAGAUGGACCACUGCUGGCUGGGCUGAAAGCUGGGCACUGGAUCGUCCUCGAUGAGCUGAACCUGGCCUCGCAGUCUGUCCUGGAAGGCCUGAACGCCUGCUUCGACCACCGUGCAGAGAUAUACAUCCCUGAGCUCGGCAUGAGCUUCCACGUGCAGCACGAGAAGACGAAGAUCUUCGGCUGCCAGAACCCUUUCACCCAGGGCGGGGGGCGUAAGGGGCUGCCCAAGUCCUUCCUCAACAGGUUCACGCAGGUGUAUGUGGACCAGCUGUCCAGUGAGGACAUGGAAUUCAUCGGUGGCUCCAUGUUUGCCUCCAUAGAUGACCACAUCAUCUCCAAAAUGGUGCAGUUCAACAACCGGCUCGUCCAAGAAGUCGCACUGGAGAGGAGGUGGGGCCAGAGGGGCGGCCCCUGGGAGUUCAACCUGCGCGACAUGUUCCGCUGGUGUCAGCUGAUGCAGGCCGACCAAUCGCCAGGCUUCUACAACCCGGGCCAGCACGUGGGCCUGGUGUACGCUGACCGCAUGCGGACGGAGGCGGACAAGUCACAGGUCGUCUCUGCGUUCAGGAAGGUUUUCGGUGAGGACUUUGAGCCUUAUACCGGUUCCCGGCAGUUCCAUGUCACACCACUUAACCUUCAGGUGGGUUACUCGGUCCUCCCGCGCAGUGGGGGCCCUUCCGUGGCCCUGGAACCCCCCCUGUCCGUGAGCCACCAGGCACUGCGGCCCCUGGAGUCGCUGAUGAAGUGUGUGGAGAUGGGCUGGAUGGCGGUGCUUGUGGGCCCCUCAGCGAGCGGCAAGACGAGCCUGGUGCGUCUCCUGGCCCUGCUGGCCGGCCACCGGCUCAGGGUCAUGGCCAUGAACAGCGCGAUGGACACCACCGAGCUGCUGGGGGGCUUCGAGCAGGUGGACAUCAUGCGGCCCUGGCAGCAGCUUCUGGAGAGCGUGGACUACGUGGUAGCCAUGGUGACGCGCCGCGGCCUGAUGACGCUGGAGGGAGCGGUGCAGGACAUCGAGUUCCUGCUGAGGAACUGGAGCGUCUUCUGCCGGUGGCUGAAGGAGGAGAGGCUGGUGGGCCCAGACGGGCUGGUCACCAUGGAGGCCGUCGACAAGCUGGAGGUCAUCAUCACGCUGCUGCAGAAGCUCAAUACCAAACUCAAGGUUUUCGCAGACAUGUCCAAGCUGCUGCUGGACUUCACGCUGCUCCGGGAGCGGCUGGCCCAGAUGCAGGACGGCUGGAAUCAGGGCGGCUUCGAGUGGCUGGAUGGCAUGUUGGUCCAGGCUCUUCAGGCCGGUGACUGGCUGCUCAUGGACAACGUGAACUUCUGCAGCCCCUCAGUUCUGGACCGCUUGAACGCGCUGCUGGAACCCGGGGGCAGCCUGACCUUAAGCGAGCGCGGCGUAAUCGACGGCACCACCCCCUGCGUCACACCCCACCCCAACUUCAGACUCUUCCUCACCAUGGACCCGGCCCACGGCGAGAUCUCCAGAGCCAUGCGGAACCGCGGGGUGGAGAUCUACAUCCCCGGGGAGCACGAGGGCAGCGGCUGGGACCUUCUGGACCUGAAGACCAUGCUGCAGGCCGCCGGCGUGACCGGGGACUGUGUGGGCGACCUGCUCAUCACCAUCCACACGGAGGUCAAAGCUGCCAUUUGGGAUUCUCCAGCCUCUUCACUUACCUCUCUGCUCCACGUCGCUGCCCUGCUGUCCAGCCAGUUGCAGCGUGGGAUGGACCUCCUCAGCUCUGUGGAACAGGGCUGUGUGGAGGUCUAUUCCCAGAGCCAGCGCAGUGCUGCUAAUCAGAAGCAAGCGCUGGAGAUCAUCGAGAAGCACCUGUCUGCCCUGGACGUGGACAGCUGGGGGCGCCGGCUGCUCUGUGCCGGGGUCUGGCCUGACCGGCUCCCCCCCGCCCUGCUCUCUGCGGAGGAUUCCUGCUUCUCUGCCGUCCUGAGAGACGGCCAGGUGCUGCUCUUCUGCCUGAACGCUCUCAGCCUGCAGGGGGAGAGGAGUCGUCCUCUGACGCUGAGUGACCUGCAGAGGGCGCUGCAGUGCGGCUCGUCCCUGGAUGGUCAGGUGUUCGCCGGUGCCGGGGAGGAGGAGGGGGCCGCGGUCACCCUCCGCCUGCUGCCCACAGCUGUCAAGCUGGUGACGGAGAGGGCGUCGCACGGGGACUGGGUGCUGCGGAGUAGCUGGCUCUCACACCUCUCCAAGAGCUACAGCGCCGUUCCAGACACAGCGCUUGUCCGCCUGGAGGCAGGAACUCGGGCCCUGAAGGCCGUGUUCUGCAGCAAGCUGACCGAAAAGGGCAAGAACCUGACCGAGCUCCUGCAGCCUCACAGCACAGAUGAUUACCGCAUUCUGGUGGACAUGCGCUGGAAUAAGCAGUACCUGGACAUUUUAGCCAACACCUGCAGCUUUGAGGACGAGGACCGUUACAUGGAGUUCAUGGACGCCCUGAACGCCGUGGCUAACAGGAUAAUCCUGCUGACGGACCGGGAGGAACAGGCCGCUGUAGGUGUGUCCACCAUGAAGACCACGCCCCACAACAGCGUCCUCAGGCUGGCCUCCGCCUUCUCCAAAGGUACGGGGCCUCCUCCAGGCACGGGGGCCUCCUCCAGGCACGGGGGCCUCCUCCAGGCACGGGACCCUCCGCUGGCGGGUGUGGUGGAGCGUCUGGUGACCUGUGUGGAGCGGCAGCGGAGUGUCCUGGCCUCGCUGGGCCUUCCCAGCCACGUGCCAGGCGAGGGGGGCCUCGGGGCCCCUCCCAGUGAGGAGCUCCUACGCCACGUGUCCCGCCAGGGGCAGCUAUGGCCGCUGCUGGAGGAGCUGGGCUUGCUGAGCCAGCUGAGGCUGACUGCGCUCCUGCUGCAGCUGCCACACGGUAUGAAGGACUCGGUGGGCAGUUUGUCUCAGCGCUUCAGCCACCACCAGCGUUUCUGCCUGCAGUCUGCCACCACCGACGCCAGACGGCUCGCUCCCCUCUGGGCCCUCGCCAACUGUGAACGGCCAGGGGAGGAGCUGCAGUUUGUGUUCUGCGAGCUGCUGUCUGAGACUCUGGAUGCCUGCUGGACUAGCAGCGUGACCUCUGACCCUGAGCGCUGGCUGGAUUGGAAUCCCCUUCGUCCAGAAGAGCAGAAGAUCAAGAAGACACUAUUGAGUUCUGCAGACACGGGCCCGGCGAUGCUGGGUCGGGCUGUGUGGUCCCGGUGCGUGCAGGGGGUCCUGACCGGCACUGAGGCGGGGGCAGCCUGGGACGCCUCAGGCUGCUCCCUGCUCUCCUCCUCCCGGGUCAGCCUGGGGGAGUGGAGGGAGAGGAUGGUGCAGCUACAGGAGCUCAGCGCCUUGCUGUGGGACAACAUGGGCCUGACUGCGCAGACGAGCUUCAGGAGCGCAGACCACAGGCUGCAGGGCUUGGUGCUGCGCCGGUUACUGCAGUCGCUGACAGAGAUACUGCCCCCUGGUGUCCAGGAGGUCUACACAGAGCACUGUGAGCUCCUGACUGAGGGGGUGGAGCCUGUAGGAGCCGCACAGGAAGUACUGGCCUCACUGCAGGUGGCGCCGGCACACACCCUGCCCGAGGGCUUUGUUGCCACGGCAGCGACCUGCCUGCAGGAAUAUGCGCAGAACUGCGGCAAGGAGCCAGUGCAGCUGGCCCGGUCCGGCGUGUUCUGGGUCAGUAUGGGCUUGCUGCAGAUCCAGCUGUGGAUGCCCCAGACCAUCUUCGACCCGGCGCUGAAGCGGGCUUACAAACUCCGCUACGGCCAGGAGGAGCUCGCGCUGCUGGAGGAGGAAUGGAAGGCCCGCAGCCUGUCUUCUCAGCUGCUCACUGGGGCCGAACUGGAAGAGAGCAGCGCCACCGACUGCUUCCAGCACCCCCGCGUCCGGUACCUUUGGAUCCGCAUGCAGAGGGUGAAGGAGCAGAUCAGCGAGCUGUCCCGCAAGCAGGCCUUCCGUCCCGGCGAGUCGCAGUACGGCCGGCUGCACCAGGAGCUGCAGCACUACCUGGGCAGUAUCGGGCGGCCUGCCGCCAUCCAGGCCCUGCUAGGCCGGCUGCUGGAGGCCCUGCAGGGGCCCGGGGCCCAGCCGGGGCUGCUGAGAGAGGAGCAGGUGUGGCAGGCCUCACAGCAGAGCUUCCUGCAGAGGCUGCUGGCUGAGUACCCGCUGUACCCGGACGUGGUGCGCCCCCUACGGGCCGGCAUCCUGCAGCUACAGCACGGCAUGCGGCUGGUGGCGUCAGAGCUGUCGGCCUCGUCGGCGCGCGCCCCCGGCCUGGCCGGCCUUCUCUCCUGCCUGCUGGCCCUCCCCUCGCCGUCCCCUGACCUCCCCUCGUACCUGGCCCGCGCGGACCGCCUCUGCUCCCGGUCCUGCCUGGACGUCCUGCGGGCCCUGGCCAGGCGGCUGCCCGAGACGGAGGCCCCCGAGGCCGGCCUGCCGCAGCCGGCCGGCCUGCUGCUCAGCGCCCUGCUUUCCGUGCAGAGCCAUGUCCUCGCCGCCGGCCGGCUGGACCCCACCGCCUGCUGCCUCCUCCGGCACGUCUGCCAGGCGCUGGUGAACGAGUGGGACGAGCAGGAGCGACGCAGGAGGGAGAGGGAGCAGGAGGAGGACAGCCUGUACCGCAGCCGGCUGCACGGCACGGGCCUGAGCGAGGAGCAGCAGGAGGAGAGAGACUUCCGGGGCGCGUUCCCGCAGUACGACCAGGACUUUGCUGACAUCGUCUCGGAGCCUAGGCUGGAGGAGCCGGAGGGGGAUGUGGGUCACAUGGGGGCUGCCCCCCCCCAGCCCGGCGAGCCUGCCCCCAUCUCGGAGGCCUGCAUGCGCGCCGUCGUGCGAGUGCACCAGCGGCUCUGUCUCGGCUUCUCCCAGUCGCUCUGGUACCGGGGCAGAUCCCCGACGACCAAUCACGCCGAAGAACACAUCGGCGCUCUGAUAUCGGCCUAUCGGAUUUCAGCGCCUGUGAUUUCACACUUCUAUCACCUAAUGGACUCUGAGAUGGACCAGAAGCUUGUUGGUUCUCAGCUCCUCCUCAGCACCCUCCUCCAGAACACGGUGCGGGGCUCCGGUGGGGAGGGCGCCCCCUGUCUGCACACCGACGGGCCUUACGAUUUCUACCAGCACCCCAACAUGAGCGAAGUGCGCCAGUGCUUACCGGUCCUGGAGCAGGUGGCCGCAGCAGUCCGACAGCGACUGGAGGAGUGGCCAGAACACCCCGCCCUCAUGCAGCUAAUGGUGGUAAUCGAGCGAAUCCUGGCCUUCGGUCUGUCCAGUCCUCUGGCCAAGUUCCUCAGCGGGCUGGAGAUCCUGCUGCGUAAAGCCCAGGACUGGGAGGACAACGCCAGCCGCACCGUGUCGCUCGGGGCAGAGCUAGGGGCCGUCACCCAGCUAAUCAUUCAGUGGCGCAAGCUGGAGCUGAACUGCUGGUCCAGCAGCCUGGACAACGCCCUGCAGCGUCACGCGGAGAAGUCCACGAAGCACUGGUUCUCCAUCUACCAGCUGACGGAGAAGCAUCUGCAGGAGCACGGAUCCGACACCGCAACAGGAGGCGAUGUAGAGAGCCUGUCCAUCUCGUCCAUGUCCUCCACGCUUCAGGCCUUCAUAGAGGGCUCCACGCUGGGAGAAUUCCACACACGCCUGAUCAUGCUGCUCACCUUCCACUGCCACCUGCUGGUGGCCCCUGCACAGGACACUCAAGCUCCACUGGUCAGCCUCUUCUGGAAUCUGUACAAGUAUUACAGCCAGUUCUCAGAGAGCGUGCAGGCAAAAAUCACACAGCUGCGGCAGCCUAUUGAGAAGGAGCUCAAGGACUUCGUCAAAAUUUCCAGGUGGAACGACGUCAGCUUCUGGUCCAUAAAGCAGUCUGUGGAGAAGACACACCGGACCCUUUUCAAGUUUGUGAAGAAGUUUGAGGCCGUCCUGAACACUCCCUGCACCCCAGAGCUGGUGCAGCGGGGUACCAACGCCAGUCUGGAUCCCAGCGUGGACCCCAGCUCAGAAGAGACGCCCCUCAUUAGGAUGCAUAGUGCUCUCAAGGGCGCCCUCUCCAGGAAGGGCCAGGUACUGCAGGUUGACAACUCUGAAGAUGUGCUGCCUGGCCUCGACCCCUCGACCCUGCAGGGACGCCUGCCUCUCCUCACCAGGAAGAUGAGGAAGAUGUGCGUGCAGAUGUUGGAGAAGAACCCUCUGCCAGAGCUGUCAGAAGAUCUGGAUCAGUUCACGGCUGAGGUCAUCAGGCAUGUGCAGGAGCUGCAGAGCCUCUCUGUGAACCCGUCGGCGGAGAAGGAGAAGCAGAAGACGGAGGCGAAGCACAUCCUCCAGCAGAAGCAGAGGGCGCUCUCCGACCUCUUCAAGAUGCUGGCUAACAUCGGCCUGUCGUACCGCAGAGGGCUGACGUGGGAGCGCACUGCCGGCCAGGAAGAGGUCCUGUGUCUGCAGCCGCUGGAGAUGAGCGCCGCCCUGUCUGCGGUGCUGAGCAGCGCGGAUGCGGAGCGGAGGCUGUUUGCGGAGAUGUCGUCCGCGUGGGAAGGCUGUCAGAAAUACUUCUACCGUUCGUGGGCGCGUCGGAACGCCCUGCAGACGGCCCUCCACAGCGCCGCCAAGGAGCUCGGCCUGGGCGCCAUCCAGCGCUGCCGCGGAUUCUCCAGCCACCUCUUCAGGCUGCUGCUCAAACAGAGGCGCCGUCUGGCUCAGCUCACGGAGCAGUGGGUCCACCUCAGGCGGCUGAUUGGAUGUCUGGGGGAUGUGCAGUCGCCGGCGGCCCAGGCGGGACGGGACGGGGGCCCCUUGCCCCCCCAGGACGCGCUGAGGGGCUGGGUGGACAGGGCUCACUCUCUGGCCAUGCAGUGCACCGUCGCACUGGAGCAGCUGGCCCUGCUCCUGCAGUGCUGCCCCGAGACGACCCCGCAGGGCGAGGAGCCGCAGGGGGAGGGCUCCAGCGUGCGGCACAGCGCCCCCUUGAGGUACUCCUCGCCCUUAGACGCGGAGAGCUGCCCCCCCGGCUGCCGGAUGAGGAGGGGCGACCCUGUCUGGGCGCAGGCCAUGCAGACAGUCACAGGCAUGCUGACUGACACCAAAGCUCUGAAAGCGGAGCUGGACGGACUGGUGCAGCAGUGCAUUGUGGGAAAGCUGCAGAGCUGGACCCAGUUUCAGGCGUGCUGCGUGGUCCUGGAGCGGCUCCGGAUGGUGGUGGCCCGCAUGCCGCCGGUGGAGCAGCUCUUCACGCCAGAUGGCUGCUCCCAGCCGCUCCUGGCCUGUGGCCUGCAGUAUGUGCGGGGCAAGGUGGAGGCGGCCCUGACAGAGUUCACUGCCUGGAAGGAGCAGCUACCGUGUCUGGACCUCACUCACCAAGGCCAACAGCAGCCCUUCUCACUAGAGUUCUCAGACCAGAUGGAGAAAGUCAUCAGUAAGGUGCUGUGUGCAGUACAGAGCCUGCUGAAGAUGAAGGAGAUGGACAGAGAGCAGCAAAGCACAGAGGCUGUCCAGGAGAGCAGAUCAGAGGGUGAAGAUGCCCCAUCUGAGGAUCUCCUGAAGACUGGCCACCUCACCAAACUUCUCGAGGAGGGCCUGAGUGUGGAGGUGUCGUCCCUCUCACUGCCGGACGUGAACGUGUCGGUGGGUCAGCUGCUGGAGCGGCUUGGUGCCCAGAGAGAUGCCUGCUCUCCCUCUCAGCUCCAGGAGCUGAGCCAGGCGUGCGAGAGGCUGGGCCGCCUGCAGCCCCUCCUGGACACCUACUCGCAGGUGACACGCCACUACCUGGCGGUCGCCCUGGGAGCCCAUAGGAGCAGCUCCAAGCUUCUCUGCGUCCUGGCCGGCAUCUUCACGGAGCUGGCCCAGAAGGGCUUCUGUCUGCCCCAGGAGCUGAUGGGGGGAGGGGACAGUGAGGGUGCCACCGAAUUCCACGACUAUGAGGGCGGGGGCAUCGGCGAAGGGGAGGGCACCAAGGACGUCAGCGACAAGAUCGAGAACGAGGAGCAGGUAGAGGACACCUUCCAGGAAGGACAGGAGAAGGAGGAGGAGGAAGAACAGGCCAAGGGGGACAUUAAAGAGGAGGACAAUGCUAUAGAGAUGUCAGAGGACUUUGACGGGAAGAUGCACGACGGAGAGCCUGGGGAGGACGACGACACGUCCGACAAAGAGGACGAGGAGGAGCUGGACAAGAAGAUGGGGGACCUUGGAGAAGGCCAGGCGGACACCCUAGAUGAGAGGAUGUGGGGGGAUGACGAGGAUGACGACGACCUAGACGCCAGCGACAAGGAGGAAGAGUCCGGCCCGGGAAUGGACCAGGGAGAAUCACAGCUGGUGGCCAAGGAUGAUAAUCUGGAUGCUGGGGACCCUAACAAAGAUGACAAGAAGAAGCAAAACAAAGAUGAGAACCAGGAUGACGCCGAUGACAGAAAAGAGGAGAUCCAUGAGCAAAUAGAUGAGCGGGAGUUCGACGAGAACGAGGUGGAUCCCUACCAUGGCAACCAGGAGAAGAAGGCGGAGGCGGAAGCCAUGGAGCUGCCUGAGGACAUGAACCUGGACCGGGAGGACGAGCAGGCUGGGGACGAGCCGGACGGCGAAGAAAACCCGUUUGACAUAGACGAGAUGGAGAUGGAGGUGGAGGAGAAAGAAGGGGAGGAUGAGGGAGGGGAGGAAAAGCAGGGGGAGGGGGAAGAAGGAGAGGAGGAGCAAGACGGUGAGAAAGCAGGGGAGGCGACCCAGGAGGAGGACACGGCUGAAGAGCGGGAUGAGGAUGCGGAGCCAGCAGAGGGCGACAGAGAGCCUGACGCCGGUGAAACUGCUGAGGAAGAGGCGGAGAAGGAGAAAGACCAGGGACAAGAGGAGGGGAAAGAGGAGGACAAGGCCGUCCCUGCAGGCCAGGGCCAGCAGCCCCAGGAGGAAGAGGAUGGUGCAGAGGAGGAUGAGAAAGAUGCGGAGGCCGCAGAGAGAAAGGAGCACCAUGCUGAUGGACAGACUGGGGAGGAGAACAUGCAGAGUGACACUGCCAUGGAGCUGGCAGGAGAGGCCUCCCAAAGGGAUGAGAGCAAGGAGGAGCAUGGGAUGGGGGCAGCAGACGCCAGCCAGGCGGAGGGACACGAGUCCAGGCUCAUGGCACGGCUCUCCUCUCUGAAACAGACCCAGCAGCAAACACAGAGCUUCAAGAGGAAGCCGGGCCGGGCGGACAACGAGCGAUCCAUGGGCGACGACAGCGACCGGGUCAACAAGCGCCUGCGGACAGUGGACAGCAGAGAGGACAGGGAACAGGACCGGGCCCAGAACCAGGCUCAGCAGGAGUCGGACCUGUACCAGCACAUCAAGGAGGGGGAGCAGAACCAUGAUGCCCAGACCUACGAUGUGGCCAGUGCUGACCAGCAGAAACCAGCCGGAUCCCAGUCGAAAGAGGAGCACGAGGAGGAGGAGGAGGAGGAUGUCGGCAUGGAGCUGGAGGAGCAGCAGGAGGACCUGCAGCUCAUCGAUUCCGAGGAACUAAAGCCAGAAAAGCUGGAUUCGACCAGAACGUCACAGAAAGGUGUGGAAAACGGGAAUGUAGAAGCUCAGAGACAGCGCGAUGAUGAGGAGGAUGAAAAACGGUCGGAGGACACCGGGGAUGAUGAAGACGAGAAACGUCCAGAGAGAAGCUCCGAGUCCACCAUCCACACUGUCCCGGAGCUGCUAACGGACACCUUGCAGCUGCCGGUCAGAGAUCCUGAGGUGCUGCGGAGGGAGCUGGAGCAGCAGCUGGAGGCCUGGCAGAAGCAGAGUCCUGCGACUCCGGAGGAGGAGGGCGCUGGCAUGGCCAUGUGGCAGCAGUACCAGCUGCUAACGGGCCCACUCUCCCAGCAGCUGUGCGAGCAGCUCCGACUCAUUCUGGAACCUACGCAGGCCGCCAAACUCAAGGGUGAUUUCCGCACCGGCAAGCGGCUGAACAUGCGAAAGGUGAUCCCCUACAUCGCCAGCCAGUUCCGCAAGGAUAAAAUCUGGCUGAGGAGGACGAAGCCCAGCAAGAGGGAAUACCAGAUCUGCUUGGCCAUGGACGACUCCUCCAGUAUGAUAGACAACCACUCGAAGCAGCUGGCUUUUGAGUCCUUGUCUGUGAUCGUUGGCGCCCUCACGCUGCUGGAGGCGGGACAGGUGUCCGUGUGCAGCUUUGGGGAGACCGUUCAACUGCUCCACCCCUUCCACCAACAAUUCAGUGACCAAUCAGGAGCCAGGAUACUAAGGCUGUGUCAGUUUCAGCAGAAGAAAACCAGAAUAGCCCAGUUUCUGGAAAGUUCUGCCAGCAUGUUUUAUUCGGCACGGCAGCACACCAACGCUUCAGGUGCCACAGACUCCGCCCAGCUGCUGCUGAUCGUCUCCGAUGGCCGUGGGCUCUUCCUGGAGGGGAAGGAACGGGUCACAGCGGCAGUGCAGGCGGCACGCGGUGCCGGCAUUUUCGUCAUUUUCGUGGUUCUAGAUAACCCAAACUCGAGGGACUCCAUCCUGGACAUCAAGGUGCCCAUCUUCAAGGAACCCGGCGAGAUGCCGGAGAUCCGCUCCUACAUGGACGAGUUCCCCUUCCCGUUCUACGUCAUCCUGCGGGACGUGAACGCCCUCCCCGAGACGCUGAGCGAUGCCCUCAGGCAGUGGUUCGAGCUUGUCACAGCGGCCGACCACUAGGCCUUGCCGGCCCUCAUUGAGGUCACACUAAACUGCAGGACGUCUCUCUGCUGCUACAGCCUCCGGCGCCGGAGGGCCGAGGCGACGGACCGUGACGCUGGCUGUGUAUGUGCCUUCUUCUUCUCCACUUGAAAUGUUCCCAUAGUCCCCAUGAUUACAGUCCCACCCCCUUUCUGUUUAAAAGUGGAAAAAUAUUUAAGUCCUUGCCCCCCAACAUGGCAAAUAAAAUGGCAGCCUACUUUUAAACCUUGCAUAUCUGAACAAAAUAGACAGUUAUCUCUUCUGUGUGUGUGUGUAUGUGUGUGUGGCCUGAAUACCUCAUGUGUGUUGACAGUACUCCGUAAAUGUGACGAAUGGUUCAAUAUCUCAAGUAGUUAAAAAGCACACAUUUUCGAAAACGGCGAGUUCAGGUAACCAGCCAGCACAGUGGCUAACUUAACCCACCCAUUUCCCCAAGUGGUAAAAAUACAUAUGAUUUUGGGCUGUUUAAACAGAUUUUAUUUUUUUUAAAAGUGCCUUUAAGAGUUAGUCAUCAUUUGAUAUAAUGUGAGCUUCCACUAAAUUAAUCUGUAUUACCUGAAAAACUUAAUCCUAAUCAGGCUCUGUUAAGGAUUGAUAUUAAUGCCAAAUAUAGCUUCUUCAAGAGGGCUGGUAGGUUCCGUGUCACAAAGCGUACCAUGCUUGUAUGAAACUAGGUUUUUAAUGUACGCCUGUAUUUUCAAAUUGCUGAAUUAUUUAGAUAAAUCUUUUGUAUUGUGAGUAGUAACAUUUCAGCUGUGAACUAAACAGAUUGAAGAUAGCUCACCCUUGUUUCCCUAUGCACCUUUGUGGAAAAAAAAUCUAGCUACCUACGAAACCUUAUUAAAUUCAGUGAUACGAAUAAACUUGUUUUUCGAAAAGA